UACUUCAUGUUAGAGUAAGUAACAUAUGGAGAUACAAAUGGAAAACACACCAUCUAUCUGCAUACAAUUACUCAUAAAUAAUAUUACAUCAUAUUUAAGUGGUAAUGUUUGUAAAAAUUCUUCAAUUGUCAAGGUAAACAAUGAAAAUUUAGCAAUAAAUGGUGAAUUAUAUUUUUUACCUAGCCUUAAAGUAUGGAAAAGUGUGCUGAAAGGUACAGAUAAAUGUGAUGAAAAGUGUACCACAAUUUUGCAACAUUGUCUACAUAUUCGAGAUGGUCAGACAAAUAACAAUACUGAUGCAGAUACUGCAAAUCAGGUUUUACAAUUGCUAAUAGCAUCUAGUAGCAGUUGGUCGAUAAAGCUAGAAAAAUGUUUCUUGGAAAAAGAAAGGAUAUUCUUAUUUUUACAACGUACUCCUCUUAUAGAAAACUCCAUAAAGGCAGCUAUAACAUUUAAACAUGACUUUGGGAAAACUUUUUCACUUAAAAAAGUGUUUAGCUUAAAAUCAUUACAAGAUAAAGAAUCAGAACUCACAACUACAAGAUUAUACUUAAUACAAUGUGUCACUGAAAAGAUUUUAAACUUACAUGGAUAUUCAGUAUCAAAUGAGUACCCUGAUUACAAAUUCGUAUUUACCUCUAAGUCACAAGGAAGUGUGGAAGAAAAUUAUGAGCGAUGUAUAUGUGGGGUUGUGAAAAACACAGAAACAAAUUGUAAAGAGACAAAAUUAACAUGGCAAGAAUAUAUCAGUAACAAAAUAAAAGAAUUAAAAACAUUAAAUGAACAUAAGUAUUUUGAGACAGAAAAAUGUAAUGUAAAAGCACAAGAUUGUUUCCUUGAAAAUAUUGCAAAAGCCACAGCUAUGUUUGAGUUAUUAUCUGUAAAACCAACUCGUUCUGUUUUUAUCGGAUGCAAUUUUGCAACUGAUAAAAAUACUACAAACACAAAAGGUGCUUGUGCUCCUUUUAUAUUAUAUAAUACAGCAAGAAUAACAGCUAUUAUUGAAAAGUAUAAUGAUAAAAGAUUAAAAGGGGAAUAUCCUAAUUUACCACAUAUCAAUGACAUAGAUUUUUCUCUAUUAAAUCAAGAGGAAGAAUGGGAACUGAUAUACAAUUUCGUUAUUGGAUAUCAACAAAUGAUAAAAGAUUGUUUAAAACAUGAUUCUGUCUUUCAAAUUAAUCCACAAGUUAUUUGCAUAUUUUUAGCAAAAUUAUGUCAAAAAUUUAGUAUCUACUAUCGCAGAAUCAGAAUUUUAACUGAGGUAUAUGAUCAUCUAAUUCCAACAAUGUCUGUGAGAUUAUACAUGCUACAUGCAUUACAAAUUGUGCUUCAAAAUGCACUUGGUUUACUUGAUAUUCUUCCUGUAUCACGAAUGUAA